AUGGGCUACAAUGCCGAGAUAUCACAGGUAAUUACUGGACCAGGCGUAAAUGCAAGUUCUGCUCAAGCUAGUACAAUUGGGAUGAUGAAUUUGGAAAAUUCGAAUAGCGUUAAAGGUAUUAAGGAACUGAUAGCACAAGGGCAUGCGAUUGUUAUUUAUGGCAAAUAUGUUUUGAAGCUGGAUAAAUGGAUAGAACGACACCCAGGCGGAGACAAAGCAAUUUAUCAUAUGAUUGGUCGCGAUGCUUAUGAUGAGAUGAAUAGUUAUCAUUCGCCAGAGACGAUCAAGCAUUUUAAAAUGUUUAGCAUAGGUGUAAUCGAUCAUCGUUGGAUUAAUCUGUUACCUCCAAUACAGGGUGGUGUCUAUGAAGGAAGCGACAAAACAUUUGAAGAAAGAUUAAAACAGGGAAAACUGAUGUCAGGCGAGAUGAGUGUGAGGAUAAAACCCAAAAUGCCACAGGGAGUGAUACCUCAAAAGGGAAUGAACGAUCUUUAUAAAAUAGUGGAACCAACCCCUUCAAACCCUAUUAGGGACCCAGAGGUUGUAGUGGAUAAUUUUGAUAAUAAAAUGGUUAAAAAAGAUUUAGAGAACCUUCCACCAUUAGAUUAUGAAACACAAUGGUUCAUUUCAAUGAAAUACAAUGAGCUACAUGAUAAAUUGGUGAAGGUAGGUCUGUUUGAAUGUCCAUACAUUGAGUAUUUCAAGCAGUUCUGUAUUAAUUUAUCGCUUUUCAUGUGGUUCCUUAUCUGCUUCAAGACAAAUCACUAUUUUUUUAGUGCUGUGUUCUUGGGUUUUUUUUGGCAACAAUUAGUCUUUAUUGCACAUGAUGCAGGACAUUUGGCCAUUACUCACAAUUACCAGAUUGAUAAUAUCAUUGGUACGAUCAUUGCGGAUUGGAUUGGUGGGUUGUCCUUGGGAUGGUGGAAACGAAACCAUAACGUUCAUCACUUGAUCACUAACGACCCUGUCCAUGAUCCGGAUAUUCAACAUUUACCUUUUUUCUGUGUCUCCACGAGAUUGUUUGGAAACUUGUUUUCCACGUAUUACGAAAGGUUCUUGUGGUUUGACAGAAUUGCACAAAAGCUUAUUCCAUUACAAAGUUAUCUUUACUAUCCAAUUCUUGCCUUUGGUCGAUUUAACUUAUACCGUCUUUCUUUAGAAUAUCUCCUCAAGGGUCAAGGCCCUAGGAAGGGUAAAGGUGCAUGGUUUAGGUGGUUUGAAUUGGCGGGCCUAGGCUUCUUCUGCUGGUGGUUUUUCUACAUUGUCUGUGGUGCAUUGCCCACAAAGAUGGAUAGAUUUCAGUUUAUUAUGGUUUCUCACAUAGCUACAAUGGUUGUGCAUGUUCAAAUCACACUUUCACAUUUUGCGAUGUCAACCUCCGAUUUAGGUACUUCAGAAACAUUCGCCGCACGCCAACUACGCACGAGUAUGGAUGUUUCUUGCCCUGAAUGGUUUGACUUCUUUCAUGGUGGGUUGCAGUACCAAGCAAUUCAUCACAUGUAUCCAAGAAUGCCUCGGCAUAAUCUUAGAAAGGCACAAAAGUAUGUUCUUGAAUUUUGCAGAGAUACUGGGCUCAAAUAUUCUAUCUAUGGCUUUGUCAAUGGGAACGAAAAAGUGCUCUCCAAGAUGGAUAGUGUUGGUAGGCAGGUUGGUAUUUUCCGCGAUUGUCUUAAAAGUAUGAAAAUGGAAGAUAUGAACGGAAAGAACAUGUAUGAGAAGAAGAUUGCCGAAAUUAUUAAGGACGAUUAA